UUAAGAGAUCCAAUGGAGUUGUAGCAGGCAAACUAGCAGAGACCAGUCAGUGGGUAGUGUUAUGGCCAAUGAGAAAGUGGAUUUUUAAGCUCUUGCCUAUGAUUCUUGGACAUUAACAAUCUGCUUGGAAUGUGAAGGAGAUAAACUUUAUAGACAUAGAGAAGUAUGGAUAAUAAAGCUGGAAUAUGUGAUAUUCUGUAGAAGAAAGACCACUGGAUUUGAGGUCAGAAGACCAGGAUACAAAUCCCAGAUAAAAGGGACUUGGGGAAAAAAAACCAAACUACCUCAAUCCAUUCACCUCUUGUGGUGGUAACAGACCAAUUCUUUUCCUGGUGCAAAUUGAACACAUGGCUGGCAUGACAGACAGUGAGAUAGCAAGCUCAAAGUAAGAAGAAGAAAAGGAAGUUGGAGCAAAUUUAAAGUGGAGGGAGAAGGAAGAUAGUGUCUGAAGAUGAGCAAGGUACAACCACAUCACACAACCAUGUCUUAUCAUCAGCAGAAGCAACCCAACAUCAUACCUCCUCAGCUUCAGCAGCAUCAGGUGAAACAGCCCUGUCAACCACCUCCUCAGGAGCCUUGCCACCCCAGGGCCCCAGAACCAGGCACCACCAAGUUGCCACAGCCAAGCUACCCUGAGGUCCCAGUGCCAAGCCAACCAAAGGUCCCAGGGCCAGGUACCACCAAGUUGCCAGAGCCAUGCUAUCCUGAAGUCCCAGUGCCAAGCCAACCAAAAGUCCCAGGGCCAGGCACCACCAAGUUGCCAGAGCCAUGCUAUCCUGAGGUCCCAGUGCCAAGCCAACCAAAGGUCCCAGGGCCAGGCACCACCAAGAUUCCAGGGUCCUAUCCCAUCACGGUUACUCCACCUAUUGCUCAAGACAAGUACCCACAGGUCCCAAAGACCAAACAGAAGUAAGAUGACCCAAGAUCUCAUCCUCGCCCUCCAUGGAACAAACUUCUGAUUGCUGAAACUCCCUUGUCAUCUGCUGUCAAGACUUAAUGCCUGUGAAUCUUCCUUGGUGAUUUUGAGCCUGUAGUUCAUAUGCUGCAAUGAAUUAGCAAAGGUCUCUAUCUUUAUUUGUUCCCUGAAAACAUUCAGCACUGAGUCUUGUCCCCGUACAGAGAUUCCUAAGCACCUAGAUCAGGCUGAAGCUAUAGCUAGCUACUGAGCCUCAGCUGUAGGGCUCCAUUCAGGGUAAA